AUGAAUUUAAUGGAUCAUUAGGAUCAAGUUGAGGAAGUGGGACGUCACCGCCACUACGGAUGUGCUCAUGGAGUUGACGCUUUUCCAAUCGCGCUUUAUCACCUGGGCCAAGCUCAAAUUUUGUAGGAUCCAGAAUAUCUGAUAGCGGUAGAACACGUGGUGCUUGGGGCACAGUUGAUGCAGUAGUAGCAGGAGGUGCGACGGGUCGAUCCACCGGUGCAGUGACAUUUUGAUGUUGUAUUGGCAUCACUGCCGCUGCCGGACGAGGCAUUUGAGCGUUAGCCUGUGCUGGUUGUGAAGAUAAAGUUUCUUGAAAUUGAGCGGGUUGGACCGGUGUGACAGUAGCAGCCGUUGGGUUUUGGUUGAGCUGUUGAGCCGCUUGCGACACGGCGACGUCCGGUAAGCGAUGAAUAGCCGACAACGUUAUUGACUCAGCUGAUACUGACGACGAUGGCGCGCAUGAUCGUAGUAGAUUUUGAUUUUCCAUACUCUUUGGCUGGGGUAUCAUGGCAGGAGGCAAAUUGGUGUUGUCAAUAAUUCCAUCCAAAAGAUCCACAUUGGAGACGGGCUUUUGAGCUGGUUGGUAUGUUUGCACUGGGUUUUGAACCACUUGGUUGGGUUGACAUUGUUGUAAAGGUGGAGUAGGUGUUGAGUUGGGAAUCACGCCUACAACUGGAGGAACCGAGUGCCAAGGCGAUGGCGCCACAUUUGAUGGUGCACCAACAUGCCACGGCGACGCUCCUGACGGUAUCAAUGGAGUAAACUGGACAGGAGGCUGAACAACUUGGGGUACUUGUGUUAACACAGGCGCUCCUUGCUGGUUGGUCUGUUGUCCAGCAGGAGCUGUUUGAGCUCCCUGCAUUGGUGGCACUCCAAAACUAGCCGAUUUUUCAGUUCCACUCACAUUUUGUUGAACUACAGUACCAUUCUGGUUCAAGUUCGGCGUAGUGUGGAUCUGGCUGCCUUGCACAGGCAAAGCAGCAGGCGGAGCUUGUGUUUGACCGUAAGGCUGUGAAAAAUGCUGAGGACCAGGGUGGGCCAAAGCAGACUCACUCUGAGGCAUCACACCUGGUUGAGGCUGCAUGCUCAUUCCAGCUCCAGGAGGUACUCCAGGAAUCACCGCCGUAGUAGGCUGUUGUGGGGGAAAGCCAUGAGGGGCAGGUUGCUGCAUAGAGGUCGAUGCAGGCUGCUGUGCUGUAGCAGGAAAUGAUUGCACAGUUUGCUGAGACGGGAUAGACAUAUACGGCUGUUGUGUUCCUGCCGGAGGCUGAGGAAGGCUCGUAGAUGAAAAAACCAUAUGCUGUUGAGCUGGCUGCAUAGGAAGUUGUUGCAUAUUAGGUGGCGGCAUUUGAGGAGCUCCGGGCUGUUGGACUUGAUUCCACUGAGCUGCUGCUGCGCUGGCAUUCACUGAAGCUAUUGGCGUAGCCACAGCAGGAGUUGGCAAGCUUUGUAUGUCAUGAUGCGGCUGAUAUUGUUGCGGCAUAUACAUUGCUCCCGGUACUGGUGCUUGUUGUUGUGUUGACAGCGAUGUGUGGGUAUGAUGUGUCGACGGCUGCAGUGGUUUCGUGGGAGUGACAUGACUCUGAGCCAUCAUUUGUGGUGCUUGAUGCGCACCGUUUUGAACAGCAUAGGCAGAAGUUUGCAAGUGCUGAGGGACACUCAGAGCAGGAUUCUGUGCCGCAGCUUGCGCAGCAUACGACAUCGGUGGCAUCGGAGGCAUCUGAGAGUAUUGCAAAUGCUGAGGUGCUGGGGACAUAUGCUUGGGUUCUUCGUGAUGAUGAUAAUAGGCUGUGGAAUCUGGUAUGCUACUCGGUGCAGGAGAGGGAGGACCACCUGCAUAAUGAUCACCAGGGAGAACAUACUGAUGAUGAGGAGCGCCGGGGAACACGGCUGCAGGUGUAGGACUUGGCUGAGGAGGUUGAUAGGUCAUGGGUUGAGGUGGAGGGAUAUACCCAGGCGGCGCACCCGAGGCCGCAGCCAUCUUAUUGAGAUAGAACUCUUUGUAGUCACCGAAACGAGGGCGAGCACCUAAAAAGACUCGGGGAGUUGAAAGGACGAUCUUUAACAGUGCAUAACCAGUAUUACCUGGCACUCCAGCUUGAGCUUGAGGUCUUGAUCCAGGCAUGCCACCAAUAGAAAAGUCGGCAAGGGCUUCACGAGCUUCAUUAGCCCGUUUCAGCGCAGCCAUCUUUUCUUCCAAAGCUCGCUUCUCGGCUUCUCGUUUUUGCCGUUCAGCUCCAAAGGCCGUUUCAAUUCCUUCCACAGCAAGAGUGAGCUUACUGAGGCGAUCCAGCAACUUUAGAUAAAAGUUUCGUCCGUCCUCCACUUUCUGGCAAACAUCACAGUAAACAUCGUAGGCAGUCACCAAGGUCAUUAUAUGCUCGGAACGUGUAUUUAACGUUGCCUUGAUCUUCUUCCUAUAUUCGGAAAAAUCUGCAUUCGCCUCAGUUAGUGCAGAGAGUAUUUUUUCCUGGGCAUUCAAAUUGGCAUCAAGAUAUUUCAACGUUUCGUCGUGCUUUUUCAGUUCAGUUGAAAACAAUUCCUUGUGAUCUGUGUCCCUUUCAGAUAGCAACUUUUUCGCAAUGUUGUCAUUAUUCAUCUCUUCCGUGAAUCUCUGCAGUAACUGUGCUCGUUGAGUUUGCAUUUCACGCGUCUUAUCCAACACGCGUCGUAAAGCUGCGCCCUCUUUAGUGGAACCUGCAUUUAUAGCCGGUCCAGCGAGCUUAGACGUCAGCUCUGCUAUUGGGAGACUGAGUAAAUGAAGAUUUGUAGAGUGUGCAGCUAACGCCUUGUGUAGUUCAACAUUGUUUGAUCUCGCUUUCUGAUGGUGUUCAGUGAGUCUCUCCAAUUCCUUCUUGAUCGCCUUGUAGCCUUCGUCCGAUGUAAUCUCGGGCAGGUCGACGUCUGCUAGUCUUCCAGUUAGACCACUUAGUUUGGCACCGGCUUCUCGAGCUAGAUCACCCACUUUCGUUAAUGUUUCAAGAAGUUUAGGAAUGGCAUCUGGCUGGGUGGUCAAUGCAGCGUUUCUCUCAAGCAACAUGUCUGGCAAGAUUGGGCCUGUAGAGUCUGCGUCCAAAUCGAUUUCAUCGAUUCGUAAAGAUACAAGAAAGGAGUUCAGCUCUUCAUCUCGCUUAUCUAUUCGUUCGAUUACCUCACGUUUGAGUUUGGCUUUCUCUUCUUCGUACUCGGACACUGCCUUGAUGACGCCAGGAGGUAACAAGCCACCAAACAGAUCCUCCCCUCCUACAGAAAUAUCGAGGGGGUCGAAAGAAAGAGGGCGCACCUUGCAAAGUCCCUCUAAAUCUUUACACAGCUCGUCAUUCGCAGGAAUACGUUCAUGAUAAAUAAACUCAUUCUCCUUCUUGGCAUUUGUCAAUUUUGUUCCAACCACGUCAGAAAGAAAUCCUAUAGAUGCCUUCAUCGUAUCACGAUCUUCUUUCUCUGCAGCUUUGAAUACAGCAUUCAGGUGAUCAUUUGCGAUUUUAUAGUAACCAUAUCUUGUACUUUUGUGAUGAGACGUAAUCGCACAGAUUCGAAUUCUCUAGAUGUUGAUAACACUCCUGGUAUCUAUCGCGUAAGUGAAUAGCCAAUUUCGCGACAACUAAAUUGCUUCGAUGAUCAAUGAGACUUUUCUCGAGUAGGCACUCUUGAGCUUGCCCCAAGAGCACAUUGACAAAAAAGGUUAGUAGCUCUUUGUCGAAAUCUACAGAUGCAUACUUUGAAGCGUUCAUUUUAUCACGAAGAUGUUGAAGGGGCCAUGCGGCAUACUGGUAGUGCAUGAAGGCAUUUUUUAUACUAUCUUCGUUCUCUCUUCCCUCAUUCACAGCAAUGCUAGCGUGAACUGCACCAAUGUUGUACAUGACGCAGGCUAAUUCAAAGCCGACGUCAUCGUAAGUAGCGGAAUGAGCUAUAUCCAUAGCUCUGUCAUACCAACAAAAUAAAACCUUUAUUGGAUCACCCUCCUCCAUAGGAAACCGGUUCUUCAUCAUUAAUAAUUGUGCAUAAUAACGUUUCAAUAAGCAAGCAGUUUCUACAUCAGCAUAUGUAGUGCUUAUUUUCUGUUUUAAACUGAUCAAUUCUGUUAUAGCAUUAUCAUAUUUACUUGGAUCAUCUUGA